CUCAAAAUGAGCCUUUUCUACACUUCCGUUUGUCCAGAGCAAAACAGUGAAAUUUUUAGCACAAGAUGCCACCACGUAAGAACAAAACCGUCAAGGAAGAGGUCACGAUCUCGCUGGGCCCCCAGGUUCGCGAGGGUGAGGUCGUGUUCGGUGUUGCUCACAUCUACGCCAGUUUCAACGACACCUUCGUCCACGUAACGGAUCUGUCGGGCAAGGAAACCAUCUCCCGUGUUACCGGUGGAAUGAAGGUCAAGGCCGAUCGUGAUGAAGCCUCGCCCUAUGCCGCUAUGUUGGCCGCUCAGGACGUCGCUGAAAAGUGCAAAACCCUGGGUAUCACUGCCCUGCACAUCAAGCUGCGUGCUACUGGUGGUAACCGCACCAAGACUCCCGGACCCGGUGCUCAGUCUGCGCUGCGUGCCUUGGCUCGUUCGUCGAUGAAGAUCGGUCGUAUCGAGGAUGUCACUCCGAUCCCAUCGGAUUCCACCCGCCGGAAGGGAGGUCGCCGUGGUCGUCGUCUGUAGGAAGUUGUGGCGGUUGUCCUAUGUUUUGCUGCUGUACAUUGUCUCAUUGCUGGAGCAGAUUCGUACCCUCCUCCCAUGCUUAUAUUCUUGCUAUCGGGAAAACCAUUCUCGAAGUACGAAAAGUUGAACAAACAUCGCAAUUUACAGCAUCGGGAAGAAUUCCAUUCGGUACGAAACCUACAUUAACGUGAUUCGUAUGAUUAAUAUGAACCUUAAACCGGAAUAAAUUCGGAUUCAAAAAAGUAAAA